GAAUUGCGGAAGUUCGACCUUGUUUCGCUGAUCACAUGAGGCAGGAGCUAUUGAGAUACUCGAUGAAAUGUUUCACUUACCAUUCAUCAACUUCGGCUGGAUUAGCACAUGCGUAUCAUUACUGAUACUCUCGAUUCUCAUCUACUGUAUAACACUCUCUCAACGCAUGCGACCAUUACCUGGUCCUUCUUACUACAACCUGCUUGUGUUACGACAGCGUGUUUGCUUCAUGACCUUGGUUAUCACCGCUGGUACUAUACAUUCAUCAUGACCGUAAUGGCUUCCGCUACCACACACCGAGACGGCCCUUGCAAGAGCUACAGCGCAACAGAGAAGAUAAGAGGUUCAAUCAACAAAGCUUUUGUUCAUGGAGUCGACAACUACGACUUCGAAUUACUCAGGGCUUGGAAAGUGUCACACACAUUUCAGGACGAUUACUUUGCAAAAGAAGAGAACCGUUCAGCAAAUACAGGAUUUUCAGAGUUUGAAAAUAACUGUUUCGAUUCAACCUGCAUUGAUUGUGCCCUUCAAGAAUGCAGCACAGAUUCUAUGAGCUAUUUCAGCAUGGGCACAUGGCUUGUGGAUGGAGAUGCUGAAGAUUUACAAAAAGCUAUAAAAGAUCUUUCCGCCUAGUUAAUUAAAAAAAACUCAAUUCACCGUAAUCACUCAUCGUACCAGCCCAGUGGCUUGGCAGAACCUGAAAAUAGUGAUUUGGCCCUGUAAUCUUCAUACAAUGCUCUCACCAGGAAUCCAGAUUCGCCAAUACAAAAUGAUCUACCAGAGGUCUCACUUUCACACCGUCGG